CCCGGUAGUUUCAGCGAUCUGUUCGAGGCAGGAACCGGUGUGAACGCACCUGCAGAUGCCUUUGGUCAGUCUCCAGCUCACCUGGCUGCUUGUGGCGGGGGGGGGCUUUUCCUACUUUGGCAACUACAGACAGGAGCGAAUUUGAACCAACAGGAUUGCCUUGGAGAAGCCCCGAUUCAUAAAGCAGCAAAAGUUGGGAGUUUGGAAUGUCUUGCUCUGCUUGUUGCUGGCGAUGCCAAAAUUGACUUGUGCAACAACAGCGGACAAACGGCAGCAGACCUCGCACUGGCAUACGGCUUUCUGGAAUGUGCCAAGUUCCUCACAACCAUUCAGCACACGCAGACAAUGAAACUGAGGGGACAGUCUGGCUACUCACUAAGUGACAAACGUGGCUUGCUGAGAGAGGAGCCAGGUGCACAGAAACAAGAACCUGAAACCAGCAGAUCCAUAAGCAGGAAGAGGAGAAGAUCAGAUGGUGUGUAA